UGAAAUUCAAUACCUCCGGUGUACGUAUCGCCGUUGGAUUUCUAACGUCCAAAUCGGCAUGACGCCUGCCAUGAGCAUGCGGCAUGUCGAGUAGACUGCAACGUAAAGCCGAUUGGGGUUGUGUCAUGGCGCUGUUGCCCGCCGAGAGAUCGUCGCCAGCGUUUUCAUCUUACGUAGUCAGCAGCAUGCCAAUGUGCUCCAUCAACCCCUGCGGCACGAGUCAAGAGUCGCGAGGACGGAUGUAUCCCCACGUAUUGCCCACGAAACCAUCACAUCCCACUUGGGCCAGGACCUUGCAUUCGCUGUUUGUCCAUUCGUCGCCACGACAAUUCUUUGCCUCGACACAAUGUGCACUUCACGAAUCGGCCAACUAUGUUCGAUACACUCGCCACAUCGCAGCAUCCCGCCUUGUUCGCUACGGCUGGUGGCUAAGCCAAACGAUUGUCAACGUGCGGUCGUGGAAUCGUUCCGUGUGAUGACAUCGUUCCGGUACCGCCCCGUCGGGCUACUUGCAAAGGGUGUCAGAGGAAAGCCACUACUGAUCACUUCUGCUCAUGAAGCGCGCUCUCCUGGAGUGGAGCACCGU